GGAGAUGUUACGACUCUGAGACGUGCCGUAGGCCCUGAAUGGAGUUUGACUGUGGCUUGUACUGGCUAAGGUGCUGAUACGUGCUGAAGAUGAGUGGCGUAGGAGACAAUUUGUUAGGGCCACUGAGCUCUGAUCGCAAACGUAAACUCUCCACCUGUGACACGCCAGGUUUGGGGUGUGACAAGCGUCGGAGGGAGCAGGAGAGCAAGUACAUCGAGGAACUGGCUGAGCUCAUCUCUGCUAACCUCUCUAACAUUGACAGCUUCAACGUCAAGCCUGACAAAUGUGCUAUUCUCAAGGAGACUGUGAGGCAGAUCAGACAAAUCAAGGAGCAAGGAAAGAACUCUUGCAAUGAUGACGAUGUGCAGAAGGCAGAUGUGUCUUCCACUGGUCAAGGGGUCAUUGACAAGGACCAUCUGGGGCCGCUGCUCCUACAGGCACUGGAUGGCUUUCUGUUUGUGGUGAAUCGGGAGGGCAGCAUUGUGUUCGUGUCAGACAACGUGACGCAGUAUCUACAGUACAAGCAGGAGGAGCUCAUCAACACCAUCGUAUACAAUAUUAUCCACGAGGAAGACCGAGAAGAGUUCCACAAGAAUCUGCCCAAGUCUAAUGCACGAAACGGGGCACCGUGGGGGGGAGACGUGCCCCGACAGAAAAGCCACACCUUCAACUGUCGUAUGCUGGUGAACCUUGUUCAUGGUCAAAGUCACGGGUUGUCUGAAGAAAGACCGGGAGGCCGGCGCUAUGAGACCAUGCAGUGUUUCGCCCUCACCCAGCCCCGAGCCAUGAUGGAGGAGGGAGACGAUUUACAGUCAUGUAUGAUCUGUGUGGCACGACGCAUCACUGCAGGAGAGAGGAUGGAGCGGUUCAGCACUCGUCAUGAGCUCACAGGUAAACUGAUUGAAAUUGAGCAUCAGAGCUCUCUUCACACCACCAUGCUUCCAGGAUGGGAGGACUUGGUCAGACGCUGCUUGUUGGUCCUCAAUAGAAGUGAUGGACAGUCAUGGCCAUUCAAACGCCACUAUCAAGAUGCUUUCCAUACUGGCCAUGCAGAGACGCCACUCUACCGCUUCUCCCUCUCUGACGGCACUCCGAUCACAGCCCAGACGAAGACUGACCUCUGUAGGAAUCCCAACACAAACGAGCCACACUCCUUCCUGUCUACACACUUACUACAAAGGGAGCACAAUAGUUAUCGUGGAAACCAGAGUGGUGCCCUGAGGCCCCAAAGCCUGGGUGUGAACAACCCCAACCCACAGAUGAACAUGGGCCCAGGAGGCAGCAUGAGCAUGAACAGGGGUUAUGGCAUGGCUGAACAAAGCAACAUGAUGCAGAGAGGUGUGCCUCCUUUCUCUGGAGGCGGCCGCAUGAAUCCCAUGAACCAAAUGAAUCAUAUGCAUCAGAUGAAUCAAAUGAACUCCAUGCACCAGAUGAACAACAUGGGUCAGAUGAAUCAGAUGAAUCCCAUGCAUCCGAUGAACUCGAUGAACCAAAUGGGAUCCAUGAAUCAGAUGGGCCAUCAUGGGAUGCACCAACAGCAGCAGCAGCAGCAGAUGGGUCAGUUUCAUGGAGGAGGAAGCGGAGCGUAUGGGAUGGGAAUGACCAGCCCUCCUCAAGCCAGUCCGGGGAUUAGUGGUCCUCCACACAAUGUCAUGGGUUCACCAAGAGUUCGAGGAAGCCCCAAGACAGGAGCCAGUCCAUUCUCUCCAGGAGGCAUGAGCUCUCCCAUGAGCUCCACUCACUCUGGAGGUGGAGCAGGGGGACCUACUUUCUCCAGCAGCUCAUUGAAUGCCCUCCAAGCCAUCAGUGAAGGAGUUGGGAAUCCAAUGCCUGCUCCUCUCACAUCUCCUCCUCCUCACAAGCCUGACAGCUCCCCAAGCAUCAACUCCACCAAUCAGCCAGCAGGGGGACCCUGCAAAGCAGGUCUACCCCCUUACUCCGAGUGCAAGAGCCCUGGCAGCUCACUGGGGGCUGCCACAGACCAGCCGUCACAGCAGCACCCGCAGACCCCCACAAACGAGGGCCCUAUGGACAAGCCAGACAGCCAGGCAUGCCUUGGUGGGGCAGAACUCAACCAACGGGUCUCUGACAAGUGCAACAGGAAGCUUCUGCAGCUCCUCACAUCCCCCACAGAUGAGAUUGUGCCACCCAGCCAAACACCAAGCUCUGCGCCUCCUACCACACCUGAUGCUAAAGAUGGAGCAGCUGGAGUCACCAGUCCCUCCUCUUCCUCCACCGGAGUGUCCUCUUCCACAAGUGGGAGUCACGGCGCUGUGUUAUCUUCUGGUAGUUCUGGACAUUUAACAAGCCAGUCCCUGCAGGAGAAGCACAAAAUCCUCCACAAGCUCCUGCAGAACGGGAACACUCCUGAUGACGUAGCUCGCAUCACAGCGGAGGCCACCGGGAAAAGCAGCUUGGAUUCAGGCCCUCCGGAGCCCGUGUCCUCCGGAGGGCCUAAGGGAUCUGAAUGUAAGAAGGAGCAGAACAGCCCCAAGAAAGAGAAACCUCACGCCCACCUUCAUUAUCUCCUCACCAAAGAUGACUCUAAAGAUGUAGGCGAUGUGAAGCCCAAGCUGGAGAAUUGGGAUAGUAGGGUAGCUCAGGUGGAGGGAGUCACCAGCUCCGACCCCCACUGCAUGGAUAGCAAGGUGAAGCUGGAGCCGUCUGAUGAGGCGGAGACACUGGAGACCAUCCUGGGUGUCAGAGAAAACAACCCAAGCUUCUUUCCUAAACCAGACUCUAGAGUUGGAAAAGAAACGGGAAACAAGCAGGGAACUAUUCCUGACAGUUUACAUGAAGGGGAGAGAGGCCCCCCACCAGGUCAGCGUGGACCCUUUCAGAGAGCCCUGUCCAUGGACUCUAAGCCCAUGGGGGAAGAAACGAUGGUAAGAGGUGGACUGGCAGCAAGACGGAACGUUCCCCGUCCCCCACUGCUCAAACAAGAGAACAUGGACGCUCCGCUCCGACCUGGAACUUUGCCCAAUGGGUUUCCUGGAGGAAUGGGUGUGUGUCCAUCACGGAGCAAUCCAACAAGAGGUGUAGGCAGAGGGGUUCAACAGCGCUCCCCCAUGGCAGGCCCAGGGGAAUGGGGCAUGUCCAGGUCUGGCAGCAGCCCGGUAUCAGGACCUGGACAUUCAGGCAUAGGUCAACCCGGCCAGAUGGGAGCACCCAUGAUGAGCCGCUCCAACAGUGCACCUGGAGCCACCAGGUCCAUGCUGCAGCAGCAACUCAUGGACAUGGGUCCUAAUGAAGCGAAUAUGGGCAUGAGUCCGUUUGGUGGACACGGACCCCCACCUCAGUCCCCCUCCUGGCCUGACUCUGCCAUGGGGGUGGACAGACCACAGAGUAAUACAAGCAGGGACCAGUUUGUGCAUCCUCUGGGGGAACCACUGGGGCCCCUGGCCAGUAGUGACAAUCCAAGUGAUGAGCGGGCCCUUCUGGACCAGCUGAACUCUCUGCUCAACACCACUGAUGUCGUGGCUCUACAGGAAAUUGACCGAGCCCUUGGCAUCCCUGAGAUAGUGGGGCAGGCACAAGGACCUGAAGGCCACCAGCAGGUCCAGGAUCAGAGUCCAGGUCUGUGUCCACCAUCAGAGCCCUUCCCUGGGCUCGACUCCUCCGUGAACAUGAACCAAAAACCCAUGUAUGGCCAGGGCUACCCGGGGCCACCGGGGCCCCCGUCUAUGGCGGUGCAGCCUGGUUAUGGUGGUAGCACAAUGCAGAGCCAGUCUCCUGGAGGCUUCAACCCUAUGAUGAAUCAGAUGGGCCAGACAAGGGGCUUCUCUGCCAUGGGGGGCAUGAGCAACCCCCGUGCAAACAUGCCAAGACUUCGUAUGAUGAAUCCCACCCAGCAGCUUCGUCUGCAGCUCCAGCAGAGGCUGCAGGGGCCGCAGCAGUUUAUGAAUCAGUCACGCCAAGGCAUAAAGAUGGAAAAUACCCCCGGAGAAAACCCCAGCAUACGUCCAGGCAUGCAGCCUGCAGCAAUGAGUGGUCAGUCUGGGUUCAUGAACGCACAGAUGAUGGCUCAGCAGCAGCACACCAUGCAGAUGAGGAGGCAGAGGAUGAUGAUGUUGAUGCAACAGCAGCAGCAGCAGCAGCAGCAGCAAGGUCAGGCAGCAGCAGGAGGCUUCAGCCCUCCUCCUAAUGUAAUAGCACCUAUGGACAGCCCUAUGGGAGCUCCCCCCAUGAGCCAGCCUGGACAGCAGGGCUUCAACUAUGGAGGAAUGAACCAGCAAGGGGACUCUUCCUUCAUGUCUCCAGGAAGUAGUCCUCCCAGAAACAUGAUGCAGGGACGAAUGAGUGGUCCUCCUCAGAAUGCCAUGAUGCCGGGGAUGCAGGGAACUCCUCAGGGAGGACACAUGUACCCAUCUGGAGACAUGAAAGGCUGGCCACAGGGAGCCAUGCCACGUAAUAACCCAUAUCCUCAGCAACAGUUCACACAGCAGAACAACCAGGGCCAGUUUGGAUCCAUGAUGAUGAACUCUUCGAUGAGUGGACCUGGACCAGUCGGCAGUUCUGGUGCUGGUCAGCUGGGCCAGAUGCAAGGCCAAAUAGGCAUGAACCCAAUGGGAAUGGGCAGAAUGCCAAUGGGACCUGAUCAGAAGUAUUGCUGAGGGACUCGUGGCUGAAACAGAACGGUGGAACAGUGGGCUGGACCAUGAUAGGAACUAAACACACACAAACAAUAAAAAAAAGUGAUAAAGAAAACUCAGCACAAUGACUCGGCUGCAAAAGAAGCCAGCCACAAGGACUUGACUCGUGCUCGGUUUCACUUCAAGUGCAAACAAAGAAAAGUCCAGUGUGUGUUUAGCGGUCUAACUUGAAGCUGUUGGGCAGUAUUCAGCAUCCCAGCCAGCCUGCAGACAGGACGAUGGUACAUCUGGCUGUGGCUGCACUUUACCAGGAAGCUUCUUUGGGGGGAAGAGAGAUAAAAUGAUUGAUGCAAUAUUUUUUUAUCAUUACAGCCUUACUAGAGAUUCAAUGCCUUUGCAAGAAUUGGUUUAUUCUUUUCUUUGACUUCUCCUUUGAAUGCUCUUAUCUGUUUUGUCAUAGAAAGCUAUAAGCACACGGUUUACUGUAAUGUUCUGCAGAGUGGAGCAAUAACUCUUGAUGCUUUCCACUGUGAGCAUCAUAGACCCUGUUUUUCAACAAAGGUACUGCAGUAUUAGAUGUCUCAAAUGUCUUCUGUAAUUAUGAAUUGUAAAUAUUCAACUAAAUAUAACAACCAUGCUUUUUAAAGGCCAAUUCUUGCACAAAAUAUGAGACCCGGUUGUGUUUUUGUUUCUCGUAGGUCAAAGCUGAUUUGAAUGAUUUGCCUGUUUUAUUUUUUACUUUUGCAAAUAUUUUA